GGCACAGAAGUGUAACAGAGGGAGAGGGAGAGGGAGAGAGAGAGCGAGAGAGAGCGAGAGAAUUAUUCAUUAAGUACAGAAGGCAAAGUGAGGCGGACGGGAGCAGUUCAGUGCACACACAGACACAGAGAAAGCAGAAGUGGAGAGUUCUGUGAGCUUUCAGAGACAUAGUCUGCUAUGGCACAGGGUUCUGACAGUAAUGACACAAGUUUCACCAGAUCACCGUCACCAGGCAGCAAGCAGGACUCCUCCGACGAUGUGAAGAAGGUGAUCAGGAGGGAGAAGAAUCGGAUUGCAGCUCAAAAGAGCAGGAUGAGACAGACACAGAAAGCAGACAGCUUGCAUCUGGAGAGCGAAAAUCUGGAGAAGGAGAACGCGGCUCUGCGCAAGGAAGUCCAGAGGUUGACCGAAGAGGCCAAACAUCUGUCCACGGUGCUAAGCAACCACGAGCCCUUCUGCUCCGCCCUGAGCUCCCAGCCCUCCGAAAUACUCUACUCGCCCCACGGCGCCUUUCAUCAACCCCACAUCACCUCGCCACGCUUUCAGCACUGACGGCGACUGAGGCGUGGGGGGUGGGGGGGUGGGGCUGUCGACCUGUUGUCCUGUUAAGGGUCGUUGUGAAUGAAGAUGUGUUGAGUCUGUAGUUUGUGCCUACUGUCAGAGUCAAACCCACCCGCCCCGUCCUCUUUCGUCUUAAAAAGCCCGCGUCUCUUAAUGGAGCUGAGCGCGUCCCUCAGGUUAGAAAAGGUGAUCCCUAGCCUCGUCGUUUACAGCACGUUUUCGUGUAAAUCUGUGCUAACGAGCCAUGACUUUGUGCUUGAGGAAAAAAAACAACCACAGGAAAGAUGCUUAUUGUCGUAAUCCUUGAUUUUAAAGGGCGAUUAUGAAACCGAAUUUCCUAGGUACAGGUAGAAAUGACUUAAUAUGAACCUACCUAUAUCUAGUAUUUUGGUAUGGUUUUGUGUUCGUUUUUAAGUUAACACUUUAUUCCGAUCAAACGAGCAAUAGCAACUUGACUGCUUAACAUGUUACGGAAUUUUAAUGGAUUUUUAAAUGUAACUAAUCUUUCCUUGAAAAUGAAUGUAUACAACGUUUUAACUGAGAGACUAACAUGCGCUGUGCGUACUUCUUUCAAGAUGUCACUAGCUAGUAGUGUAUUUGGAUGUCGCCCGCUGUUGUUUAUUUUUUUUUGUACUCUGCCCCCUAGUGGUAGCAUGUUUUCCAUUCUGGACUUUGAAUCCGUUUAGUUUUGUAGUGAGGUAACAAAGGUAUUCAGUACCUUGAAAACAGUGAGCUAUGGUACAGACCGGGGAAAAUUCUCUUUGCGAGGGUGCACACAUCCACACAGCUGACUGCCACGGUAAUUCAUUAUGCCAUAGAUACUCCAUACAUGUAAGCUUUUUGUGUGUAAAAUUUAAAAACGUAAACUGUGUUAGUGGACAGUUUGGACAGAGAUCGUUUUUUUCUGAAUGUUGCAUUCAUCAUAAAAGAAUGUUUGAUAGAGAAACGUAAUUUAAAAUAAUGUCGACUCAUUCUAUUUUUGAAUACGCGACAGUAAAUUUUAAGCUCUGCUAGAAAAGAAAAUAUUGUAUUUUGUAUUAAAGCCUACCUCUCCUCCAUCCGUUGUAGGACAGAAAAGGUAAAUAUGGAGCUGCGGUUGUUACCUCUGAACGUAGAAAACUGCGGAAAGAUUUUUGCGAUACCUGGAAUAUUUUACGAGAUGCGCGUUUUGAUUUUGCAAAACUAACGUGAAUAGCAGUGUCCAGUUGGACAUACAAGUCCUUGACAUUUAUAUUACUUUUGUAGACCUCUAUUUUUUUAGAAAAAAACUUUUGGCACAUGUCAUGUUUUAUUCCUAGGACUUGUGUCCAUUAAGGACAUGAUGUCUGAGGUCUUGAUAUCAUCGUGAUACAGAUGAUAACUAGACUGCUAUCUUAUCUACCAAAUCGCCAGUACUUGGUCUUCACAUUUUCCCCCAUCAAUAAGCGACUUACAUUUGUUCACAAUCCAGAAAACUCGGAAGGAAGUUUUCUUUAGCUAAGUCUCGUAAGACCUGGAAAACAUCACAUUCUAAGGAGUAAUAUUCUGCUCACUUUUACAUACAAGGUCAUUUUAAGAUUUAAGUGUCAUAUUUAUUUCGAUGUCUGUAUCCGCUCAAAUGAAUGUGGGAGUUGUAGUUUUACAGUCUUUUGUAUAUACACGCUUUUAUUAUUUUGUCCAGAAGAGAAUUGAUUUUUAUUUUUGUUAAAAGCAAACAGAAAAAAAGACUUUGGAAUUUAUUUUUUUGUUUUGUUCUUUCUGUACAAAGCAGCAUGUUUAAAUAUACUGCCAUCACGACACAGUGGAGAAAAUCCUUAAUUUUUCUCUGAAAAGUUUAAAAUGCUGCUGCUUAGACAUGGUUGCAAAAGUAGUUAAGAGGUUUAUGUAUACUGUAUACUGAAAAUGUAUUUAUAGAAAGCCCGUGAUUAUUCGUCAGAUGUCGCUCUAUACCGUCAGGUGAACUCAGUGCCAGUAUUCCGUUUUGAUUGUCUAACAAAUAUGAAUGUAUUUUUAUAGUGUUUAUGAGCAUCAAAAUCUUUUAUUUUGCUGAGGUAACAUUUAC